AUUGUGACAGAAUGUGGUUGAGCAAACUCUGAAGGAAAGGCGGUGUUUAAGGUUUCCAAAGACCUAUGUGAAAUUGGUGGCAACAGCCAGGUACAAAAACGAGGAAGAAGGAAGAGGUAAAUAGGCGAGAAAAAAGAGAGACGCUGUAGGUGAGGAGGGUGGAGUCAAGAAAACACACACACAAGGCGGCACAAAGACAAACAGAGAGCAGCGCAUUGAUCCCCUGAGCCGGACAUAUCGCCUGAGAAAAACAACACAAUGAAGAUCUGAACAGCACAGCUGCACCUGGAUGACAUUACAGCUGGGAGGAUGUAAAAGUGUCUCAAUGUGUGAACGAAGGAAACAUGAGCAUGCAAUAAGAGGAUUUAUCAUUUCAUUUUUGGAGGAAUAGGACACAACUGAAGAAGUUGAGAAUGUCUUCAGUAGCAGAGGCACAGGCCCGGUGCCAGCAGGGAGACACUAUCUGUGAGAUCCGUGUGUACGAGCAGGAGGUGAUCAUCGUGCCAGUCUUCCUGCUGGCCGGCUUCCUGGUGACUCUGGUCUUUAUUCUCCUGCUGCACUUUUGUCCCGAGAAAGUCGACCGCAUCCGUCCGAAGGCCUCAAAGUCGCCGUCCAGGAGAGUUCUGCGCGGCAUCGAUGCUCCGCCGGGAAUCAAUGUCAUGGAGCAUGAAAGCAUUGCUCUGGACAUGCCCAGUACCUACUCCACCUUUAACCGCUCAGACAGUAAUACUCUCCACCCCUCCGAAACCCCGCCCAGGUCAGUGGUCUCAGCCUCCCUCUCGCCCAUCCCCCCGCCGCAGCCCCUAGUUCCCAGUUUCACUCCCAUCGCCCAGCCCCGGGAGCUGCCCCGUCAGAGGCUGCCGGAGUCCUUCAAGCUGGUCACCCCUCUGCCUGUCGCCUACUCCCUGCAGUCCGACAACUCCGUGUCCCUCUACAGGGCCCGGAUGGAGAACAGGAACGUGGUGCUGCGAGUCCUAACGGACACGGCAGAUGCCACAGAGAGACACAGCUUCCUGGGCUUUGCGUCCUUCUUGGCCCAGCUGGGGCCUCAUCCCUUCCUGCCAGAGCUGCUUGGCGUGGUCUCACUUCGAGCUCCUCUGGUCACAGUUGUGGAAGAGCUGGAGAACAGAGACCUGCUGAGCUACCUGUGGAGAUGCAGAGAGGAGCAUGUGGAUCCCCCAUGCGAGAUAACAGAGAGGCGGAUGUUUACUAUGGCCAAACAGGUGGCCUCAGCACUGGAGUUCCUUCACAACAAAGACCUUCUCCACGGAAACAUUCGCGCCCGCAGCGUUCUGGUCACCAAGGACUCAACUGCCAAGCUCUGGGGUCUGCAUGGAGUCUACACAAGGAAGAACCAGGGCGCCACCCAGAAAGAAGACCCCAGCAUGAAGAAAUGGCAGGCGCCCGAGCUGCUGACCAAGAGAGCUGCCAGCCAGAGCAGCGACAUAUGGUCAUUUGGGCUCUUGCUGUAUGAAAUGGCAACACUGGGUGAAGUUCCGUUUGCAGAAAUCUCAGUUAAUGAGCUCCUGCAGUUCCACCAAAGAGGGAAAAGUCUGAAAAAACCGUCCCACUGUUCCAAUGCAAUGUACUCCAUCAUUAAGAGUUGCUGCCAGUGGAAAGAUCAAGAUCGACCCUCUCUGGCCGAGGUGAGCCGCAAGGUCCUCUCAGGAGAGAAGAACGCCUCGGACAAAGUCCUCAAGGUGUCUGGGGCAGUUAACAUUGAGAAGUACCUGCAGGAAGCCGGGUACGGGGAGACCAACAGCUACACGGUUUUCUGAUCCCUUGCCUUCAGCAUCAAAAUAAAAUCGCCAUAUUCUCGCCGGUGGAAAGCAAAGGGUGCACUUCUAUCAACAAUGUCUGUCACGUGCAAUUAUGUGAAAUGUUCCUUAAUUAUUCCUCAUCUAUUCUCCUACUUCAGGUAAAAUAUCUUAGCUUCUGGGAGCUUUAAGGUUCAGUCAGGGAAAUCCAACCACUAAUUCUGCAUUAGUCCACUUCCAGACACUGUGAACUUGACCAAUGCACACAGGUUAAAUUUGUAGUUUAUACUGUCAACCUACGACAGUUUAGAUCUUGAACAAUGUAUAUUGACUAAUUAAUAUAUAUUAUAACCAUGUGUUGUGCGGCUCUAUGAAUUAAAAUCUGCGGAAAUGAAGGGCACAUAAGAGUAUUUUAUAUUUUUACAAUCACUGUUCUGUUUUCUAUUUGCUCGGCGAAUGUGGAGCAUCAAAUGAGCUCAAACAAAUUUAAAUGUGUAUUAAAAAUGU